AUGAUAUUGUUUAGUUUGCGAAACUUAAUUCAAAAUGACUGCGGAUCAGAAUCUGACCUCUUAAAAUAUCAAUCCUCUUCAGAUGACGACUUUAUCAAUCCAAACUUAUCCUCUACCUCUAAAAACACUCGAACGAGAAUAAAGUUACCUACGUUAGGUCUUGUAUGCGAUAAAUAUGGUAUAUCUGAUCGAUCAGCUGCUGCAAUUGCUAGUGCAGUAUUAAAAGAUGUAGAAAUAAUUACCACAGAAGAUCCAUCGAAAAUAAAGUGCGAAGAGAGCGAGAGAAAUUUAGAAAUACCGCAAGGAAGGUGUUUGAGAAGAAUAAAAAGUCUGUAUUUUGAUGGAAGAAAGGUCAAAACUUUACUGCAAGAGAAGAAAAAUGAUAGAUUAUACAAGAAAACUGUUGUCGAAGAACACAUAUCGCUUAUCGAGGAACCUGAAUCUAUUGGCCACGUAACUCAAAACUUCAGGGAAAAGUAA